AGAGGCCAUCACUGCUGCCAGCCGCCGCGCCACCGGGAAAGCAACGACCCCACAGCAAACUUACAGGAAAAGAGGACACAUAUACACCGGCCUCGGGUGAAUUCGCGGCUUGUGUAGACUUGUUAAAUUAAUAAAGACGUUGCUGAAAAGCACGGGGAAAAUUCAAAACGCCAGCUUUAUCUCAGCUCGAGUUCCGAUCAAGGGAAGGCCCGCUGCUAGCGCCGGUGUGGAUUUCGGCUGAAGUUUGAUAUUGCCGGCAUUGUGCUAGAGACAUGUUCGAUUUGAUGACUAUUUCCACCGCAAACCACCGAUAAGUACUCGGCAUGCAAUGUUAGAAAUACAGCGACUGUCUGAUUUAUAUUGAGGCAGAUCGUUGGUGUCGUCAGUGGAGAGCGGGGGUCCUUGGUGUUAUUUGGGGGGGGACGGGGGGGUCCCAGUUGCGAAUCCUGGGUCGGGUUGUUUACAUUGCAGAUGUUUUUUUUUUUGUAAAUAACUCAUUCAGUUAAAAUGACCUCGACCCUGCUGUCGCCGGUGGUGGAUUAUUACAACGACGAGGAAGAGCUGGACAGUGUGGAUGAAGACGAUGAUGGGAGUUACAGAGGGAGAGACUCCGAAGAAGACACGGAGGAUGCCAGUGAAACCGACCUGGCCAAGCAGGAUGAAGAUGAUUAUGUUGAAAUUAAAGAGCAGAUGUACCAGGACAAGCUGGCGUCUCUGAAAAGGCAGCUAGCACAACUGCAGGAAGGCACACUGCAGGAGUAUCAGAAACGAAUGAAGAAACUGGACCAGCAGUACAAGGAGAGGCUGAGGAAUGCAGAUCUUUUCUUGCAACUUGAGACGGAGCAGGUAGAAAGGAACUACAUCAAAGAAAAGAAAGCAGCUGUGAAAGAGUUUGAAGAUAAGAAGAUUGAACUGAAGGAAAACCUCAUUGCAGAGCUGGAGGAGAAGAAGAAAAUGGUCGAGAAUGAGAAGCUAACGAUGGAGCUGACGGGAGAUUCCAUGGAGGUAAAACCAAUUAUGACCCGGAAGCUGAGAAGGCGACCAAAUGAUCCCGUUCCCAUUCCAGAUAAAAGGCGGAAACCUGCACCCGCUCAGCUGAACUACUUGCUAACAGAUGAACAGAUCAUGGAAGACCUGCGGGUGUUGAAUAAAUUAAAGUCACCUAAACGGUCAGCUUCCCCCUCCUCGCCGGAGCACUUACCCAGCACUCUGACAGAGUCCCCGGCACAGCGCUAUGAAGCCCGCAUAGAAGAAGGCAAGCUGUACUAUGAUAAAAGAUGGUAUCACAAGAGCCAAGCCAUCUAUCUGGAGUCCAAGGAGAACACAAAGAUCAGCUGUGUGAUCAGCUCAGUGGGAACCAAUGAGAUUUGGGUGAGAAAGACGAGUGACAGCACGAAGAUGCGGAUUUAUCUGGGGCAGCUGCAGAGAGGAGUGUACGUGAUCCGCCGGAGAUCUGCAGCUUAGAUUCUUUUCACCCGUCUGUUACUUUUUGCCUUUUCUUGCUCUCGAACUAUUUCUCGGACUACGUGUGUGUCCCACCAUGAGACUGUUGCUCCUUCUCGCUGGCCUUUUCCAGGACUGAUGGGCAGUUAUCAGAGCCUGUGCAAAAUGCUGGGGAGCUGGGGGAGUGGAAGCUUUGGAAGAUAAACUGCCCUCCAAUGUUAUUGUGCCCUGACCUCGUCCUCUGUUCAGGCAAUAUAAAUAUUGAUGUUUGAAUCUGUAAUCAGGGAUGCCACGAGCAGACUGGUUGUGUGUAGUUUUAUUUUUUUGCAUCAGGGAUUUUUGAUGUGUCGAUUCAGAAUAAUGCUUCUCGGUGUAAUUUUUAAGUGAAGCGAUCAUUACGACCGUACCAACCUGUAGCGCUGCUUUCUGACAACGGCUUCCUUUUAUCCCCCUCGAUACAGCUGUUCAUUUUAGCAAGCGGCAUCUGGCAAGUGUCCCAAGAAGGGUCAUGUUUGGACAGAAAUAUUCAUGUGUUGUGUUUUCAUUUUUGUUGGCAGAGCAUCUUCCUUUUUCCCCCCACAGCUGUUGUGAUUUCCUGAGCUGGCCUUGAAAACAUUUCCAAGCUUGAAAUGAUCUGUCUUUGUUGAGGCAGCUCUUGUGAAAAAAGUGAGAGCCAGGGAAAAAAAGAAAGCCCCAAUGCUAAGUAACCGAUACUCUCAUCGUGGUUGGGAAUCUGUUAGGAGAUUGUUACCAUUUGUAAUUUUGUCUAUUUAAUACUGUUUGCCAUCACUAUAAAACUGCAUACUUUACACA